UAGCACCACUUCCGUCCCGAUCGGAAGGGGCGCCUAGCAUAUUACUCCGUAAAAUAUAGCGUAUGCACAUUGAGCAAACACGAAAACCUUACCUUUAUGGCUUUAUCGAAUAGCGAUGGCUGACGCCGCGGACCACAUCUCGGCUACACAGCCGGAGCAGAAAAAACCAAAACUGGAUCAUAGUCAGAAGACCGAAAACAUGGAUUGUGUCGGACGAAAUAAGGAAGCUGGAGCCGAAUCCAUGGCUACAUCAGGUGGUGCUAGAAGAUCAGGAUCUAGCGCCCUAGAUUCCAGACCUUCCCAUGCAGACUUAGAAGGUGAAGAAGUUGUUGAACUCUGCAAGCUGGCUCUAUCCGAUUACCUGAAAAAACACGCAGGAGAAUCUUACGAGUUCGUGAGGGCUGAAAGUGGGACCAGGUGGUUUACUUACCUGGCCUGUUUUAAGCUAAAAUUUUAUGCUAAAAAUCUGAAGGCCAGCGGUAAUCUGCAUAUCUUUAAAGCCACCGCGCAUAUUUAUCCUUACAAAUCACCUGAAGAACGACAAAAUGUCUGGGAGUGUGUGAAACUGAAAGAUGAGGGGGAGGACAUUGCUCUUAAGGGCACGGGUUCUCUCAGGACCGGCGAGAUCAGUACAAUAUCCGAAAUAUGUGUUGACAUUCACAAUGAAAAGGAAGCUGUAAAAGUGGUUAAACUAAGCAAAUUGGCUCUCUCGUAUUACCAGAAUCACCACCCAGGAGAGGCUUAUGAGUUCAAGAAAGUGUCAAAGGCUAAGUAUAGGGUUCGUCAUGGUGUUGAGUAUAACAUUGUCUUUCAAGCCAAGAACAUGGGGACCAAAGAAAGAACAACAUUUCAAGCAUCUGUUAGUGAUUAUGUACCGGCUUCCCAAGUGGAUUCAUGUGAGCUGCUGCUUGAGUAGUGUUAUUCCAAACCAAACCAUUGCUCUUUGCGUCUGCACGAAUACUUAAUUCUGGAUAAAGUUUAUGUUGUAUGUUACUUAUCUAGACUCUCUUGUCAUGUGAUAUGCUUUGUGAAUAUUGUUAACUAGGUCAUGCACAGCUGUGAAACCUAAAUCGGGAGACCUAACCUUCACUGAUAUGGUCCUGGUUUGAAUUGCUGUUGAUUAAUACCCAUCUAUUGUGUGUGAUUUUGGGGGCUGGGGUGAAUUUUGAUGAGGGCAGUAUAGCAUUGAUUUGAAUAUGCCCAUGAAGAAAAAGGAGGUAUGAUGCAUGAAAUGACAUCACAAUGAGUUGGGGAUGAGGAUCGUUGCUUGAUUGUUUUAGGUCGGCCUCUCAUUGCCGACACCAUUAUAUCAUGACCGGUCUCUCGAUGCGGCGUGCUUUUCAUACUUGAAGACCAACCUCGUCCCCGCUCCUCGCGGAUGAGGACCGUUCCUUGAUUCUUUCAGGUCGGCCUCUCAUUGACGAUGCCAUUAUAUCACGACCAGGCUCUCGGCACGACGUGUUUUCCACUUUUCCUUAUUUAAGAUUGGCCUCGUCCCCGCUCCUCGUAGAUGAGAGUCGUUGCUCGUUUCUUUCUAAUCAGCCCCCAGUGUCGACAUCUUUACAUGGCCACCGAACCCCUUGUACAGUGCCAUUAUCAUGUUUGAAGACCGGGCUCCUCACGGAUGAGGGCUGAUGCUUGUUUCUUUCUGAUCGACCCCCAGUGUUGACAUCUUUAUAUGACUACCGACCUCGUGGACUGAUUGCUCAGCGCUUAAAGAAGAACGGGGAAGAAGGGAGUAACGGAGCAGAGAGUACGAUGAAAGAAGGGGAAAUAAUUGAAGAACCUACGGUAUGCGGGUAAAUGGCUCGGUAAAAGAAAGCUUUUAAAUAACGUGUACACGGGCGUGUAAAAGUGUAAAACGCCGUGUACACAAGACAUUUUUCAUGUAGUAUUGUGAGUAAUGAGUAUAGUUUUGUAAAUCAUUGAAGCAUGUCGAGGCACUGAGUGAUUUAAUAUACUGCUUGUACAACAAUGUAAUAUACAAUGUCAUAGUAUGACAAUGUAAUAUACAAUGUCAUUGUUUGCAAAUCAUUAUCAUUUCGUGAAA